AUGGCGUCCGCUCAAGCCCGAAUAGGCCAGCAGGCCUUGGCGGUGCUCGAUGUGGCUCUACGGGUCCCUUGCGUCUUUAUCAUCGACGCCAUUUUCAACUCGUACUACGACCCCGGGCCCGGGUGGGCCGGCGCCGUCGCGAAGGCUCUGUUCCGAGUGAUAGGUGUCCUCGUCUCCAGUGUGGUGCUGCUGCUCUCCCAGAAGGCCUUGUUCAAGUUCUACACGCUCUUCUUGGCCGUCCUCCUCGGCGCGGCGGCGGUCCUCGUCAACUACCACUGCACGUCCCACAUCGACUUCUACAGCGCCUACUACAAGGCGGCGCUGGGCUUUAGACUUCUGCCCAGGAAUGGGCCGACGCUGUGGAUGGGCGUGGCGGCGGUCCAGCUGGUCUUCGGGGUGGGUUACGUGUACCUCUUGAAUCUGCAGUCGUCGCUGGCCGCCCUGGUGGUCCUGGACAUCAUGGUCCCCGUGUGGGGGCUGAUGAUCGAGCUGCCGCUGGACGUGCGGCGGAUGGUGGCCGUGUUCACGGGCACGGUGCUGGCGCUCAACACGGCCGUGUGCCUCGUCGUGAGGCUCAAGUGGUUCUACUACUCGUGCCGCUACGUCUACCUGCUGGUCCGCCACAUGUACCGCAUGUACGGCCUGCAGCUGCUUCUGAAGGACACCUGGAAAAGAAUCCGCUUCCCUGACGUCCUGCGAGUAUUCUGGCUGACGCGGGUCACCGCCCAGGCCCUGAUCCUGGUCUACGUGGUGCGGGCUGUGCGGCGAGAGAGCGGCGAUGCCACAGGUGUGGCAGCAGACGGGAGCUCGGACUCGCAGGGUUACACGCUAAGCUGGGAUGUGUUCUGGGACGUGACGAGUAAUCUGAUCAUCUCCGGGUGUGAUUCCACACUCACAGUUCUGGGCAUGAGCGCCGUCAUCUCAUCUAUGGCGCACUACCUGGGCCUCAGCAUCCUCACCUUCAUCGGUUCCACUGAGGAGGAGGACAAACGCUUGGGCUUCGUGGCUCCGGUUCUGUUCUUCAUUCUCGCCCUGCAGACCGGCCUCAGCAGCCUGGAUCCCGGGGAACGACUGGUCCGUCUGAGCCGCAACAUGUGCCUUCUGCUGACGGCCAUCCUGCACUUCAUCCAAGGUAUGACCGACCCGGUGCUGAUGUCACUCAGCGCCUCGCACGUCUCCUCGUUCCGCCGACAUUUUCCCGUGCUGCUGGUGUCGGCGGCGCUUUUCGUGCUCCCGGUGGUGCUCAGCCACGCCCUGUGGCACCACUACGCCCUCAACACCUGGCUCUUUGCCGUCACCGCCUUCUGCGUGGAGCUCUGUCUCAAGGUGGUGGUGUCGCUGACCGUCUACGGCCUCUUCAUGGCGGACGGCCUCUCCAACGUCCUGUGGGAGAAGCUCGAUGACUACGUUUACUACGUGCGUUCCACGGGAAACAUCAUCGAGUUCCUGUUUGGCGUGGUGAUGUUCGGGAACGGCGCCUACACCAUGAUGUUUGAGUCGGGCAGCAAGAUCCGCGCCUGCAUGAUGUGCCUGCAUGCCUACUUCAACAUCUACCUGCAAGCCAAGAACGGCUGGAAGACUUUCAUCAACCGCCGCACGGCCGUCAAGAGGAUCAACUCGCUGCCGGAGCUGCGUGGCGACCAGCUGAGGGACAUCGAGGACGUGUGCGCCAUCUGCUACCAAGACUUUGCCACCUCAGCCCGCAUCACGCCGUGCCACCACUUCUUCCACGCGCUGUGCCUCCGCAAGUGGCUGUACAUCCAGGACACCUGCCCCAUGUGCCACCAGAGGGUCAAUGUGGACGACGACAGCCAGGACACGGACGCCUUCUCCAACAACAACGGGGGGUACGCGCCGCCGCCGGACAAUGACGACGCGGCCCCGCCGCUGGCGAGGGAGAACCAGCGCCAGGAGCCCGCCGACGGCCAGCCCGUGAACCGAGCGGCGGGCGCGGCAGCCGCUGGCGGGCCAGCUGUGCUGGACCAUGAGCUGCUGGAGGACAACGACAGCAUCGAGUAUGACGACGACGAGUGGGGGGUGCAAAACGGAAGCACACCCGUAGAAGAAGAAUAUUUGAACGAUGACACAGACUCCACGGAGGACUGACGUCCGAUUUUAUUUAAGUCAGAAACACAGCAUUUUAAUUGAAACAUGUCAGGGAUGUGAUUUUUAUUUUACUUUAAAGGUGCGCGCGUGGUGUCGACAAAACCAUUCUUUUUGCACAUUCUCUUCCUGCGUUGAAACGUCAGUGCACUUUUCCCAGCAUCUCCGCCGUGAAGCCUGUUGAGGUUUGUGUCACAAUCAGCACAAGAACCUGUGACCGGGACACGCAGUCAGUACAUUAAAAAUAAUAAAAAAAUCUGGAUUGUUAAAAAAAUAUAUAUAUAUACAUAUAUAUAUAAUAAGUGCUCGCUAAUGGACUUGAGCUCAGGUUGUGCCACAUGUCCCCUCGGCCAAUCAGUAAAGCGGAAGCGCCUGACGUCCUACUGGUCUCUUGUGUGACCGUGCCUGCAUUUAUGUACGUUCUUGUACAUGUGAUUAAAGCAACACACUGAGAUAUUCUCGUCAGUCCGGUUCUGAUAAGAAGUACUUUUGAGAAGUGCUUUUCCUAAACAAAUAAAACAUGCAUUCAUGGGAUUGUGUUGAGUGUAAGGAAAGCAAGCGACAAUGGAGUGUGUGCUAGUAUUUGUCAAGAUUUCACCAAAGGAGGUGAAGGUAACCUUCACAAAGGUCCCGACUGUUUCGUCUCAGGGUUCCGAUGCCGGUAUACAAGAUGCGUACCUUUCCAGGUUUAAGCUGCUCGGCUGAGCAGAAGGACAGGUUUUGCUGCUAUGGCAAAUAUGUAUUUGUAGAAAAGAAGCACUUUGCAGCAGACGUCCCACUGAACACUAUAUCCUACUGGCAUAAAAUGAGGUAUUUUGAAAACUUUGUGCGUUUGUACUGAGGCGUAAAGCACAAAGUGUUGCUUUGUGUCCGGGACUUUGGCUAAAGAAGACGAUGGUUUGGAAAGCUUUUUGACAAGGCUGGAUGCUGCCUUUUGUUUUAAAAAAAAAAAAGAAAAAAAGAUCAACAUCAUUAAAAUCACGUUUGAUAUUG